AUGGGCACGAAGGGCGACAUGUUCCCUAUGGUGGUCAGUAGCCGGAAAGCGACCCAGUUCGGCGGUGUACUUGCUUCAACUCGAGGAGAUCGAGGAGGAACGGAUGUGCCGCGCGUAGUCGACCCAGCGUGGGCCUACGAGGGCUCAAGUGUAAGCGACACCGAACGAGAAAACAACGGAAGAACGGAGAUACCUGGACGCGGCACCGACGUGGCGUCGAGCGGACGAGACGAGUCAGGGUCGCAAGCACAAGACUUCCGGCGGGCAGCGCGCGCGCGAAAGGAUGUAGCGGCGACGGGUAUUGUGCCACACCGUGGCUGGUACGGCAAUCUGGGCGGUGACGAGAAGAGAACGGCGGGCGGCAAGCCAUCGAGCGCAGCCACUAGCGCAUGCGACAGGGAACGGGAGGAGGUCGGAGAGUUCUUGAUGGCGGCGAGGCGAGUCGUCAAAUUCGGAAACGACUGGCCACGGCUACAUCAGCAAGCUGUACACGUGUCAUGGGGGUCGAGGCAGGUCACAACAGCAGUGGUAAAGGAUAGACGCACCAGUAGAAACCCUGCGAUAUGCCGUCCAGCUUCUUUGCGAGUCGAAGGCGUAAUAUCAAGUCGACGAGGUACACCGCACGUGCACACGAAUGCGAGAAACGCAUCAGACCUCCGAGGAGAUACCCUGGGGCACGAUGGCGCGACAACGGAGGAACUCGAUACGUGCGAGCCAGACGAGCCGCAGGAGCGACGGGCGGAGCAAGCGCAGGCGUUCAGACAGGGUAUGAAUCGAGCAACUGAGAUCGUACUCACCUACGGAUUCUUCCCCACCAACUACGCGUACCCUCGACGUUCAUCUCCCUCCGCGAGAACUGUCUGGCAUGUGCAAGAGCACGCGACGAGCGCAUUCGAGCUCGGAGUUGAGGACGUGCCCCUUCCGGGCAGACAGCGGGACGAUGAUGGACGCGACUGCGACUGGGAGCGUGCUGACGUGGCGAGAGAUCAACAAGGGACCAUGAUCGCGAUGGACGAGAGACAACACAACGAGAUCCGGAGCGAGGUCCACAGGCAGUCGCAGGCAGAGGAGAGAGGACUCAGGCGAAAGACGAUCGCUCAAGCGCCCGAACCACGGUCUGCACAGCGUACUGGCGCCUCGCUGACGGGUUGGGAUCGCGACUCACAGUCAGACGGAAGCGAGAAGUGUAGCAGCGAGAGUCUAGCGACGGACAGGAAACAGACGAGCUUCGAGGACGACGCGUCACAGAGGGAACAAGACGACUUCAGGAAGACGGCACGGCGGAGCAUUGCCGGGCGGGAUGAUUCCUCAGAGGCAAAGCAGCCAGACGCGGAGGGAACAUCAACUCGCUCGCGCGCGGGACCGCUGUUCUUGCCAGUCUUGGUCAUCACAUCCGGGCGGAAGGAAAGGGUACACGUAUGCAAGGACGCGACGAGCGGAGUGUCUCCUCCGAAGCGACUGGAGGGCGGUGACGGGAGCGGCUGUCGCCGACGAAGAGCUGAGGGCGAUUGGCACUCAGGCAAACGGUCGGACACGAAAGGAAGUAUCGAGGACGCGGGUACAGGAAGUCAAGCUCGAAUCAUGCGGUCGGUCGAAGUGAAGAGUAUCUAUUGCGAGGCUACCUACAACAGACGGACGAGUCGAACCAGCGCGCCCACGGGAGAAUUAAGCGACGCCCGCUCGGAAGUCACGGCGAGCCGGCAACUUGAAGUUCCGUCUAUCCAGACGGGACGCGAGUACGGGUGCGAGAGCACGGACAGGCGAGCAGUUGCGGGUACGGCACGGGCGAGCUCAGAGAUGGAGGUGCGCCAGUGGAAACAGCGAGAGCGGGACAGAUCUCUGGAUGCAUCGAGACGACAAGUUGCGGAUUUAGACGGGGAACGGGAGCUACGGGAGGAGCGGGAUGAAGGAACGCGGACGUUCGGACGCACGCUGGCGACCGAGAUUGCCAGGCGAUAUGCGAAGCGAUCACCAGCUAGCGGUGACGACCUCGUGGAGGGAGCGGAAGAUGAACGAAGCACUCAGUGCGGAGCGAACCGAGGAGCUUGGAGGCUAGAGGAGGUAAAUAAGGGGUGGAGUAGUUGGAUGGUGAGCGCGAGCUAUGAGACUAUGACCGGGCGGAGGGAACGAGGGGAUGUAGAGGAUCGUCUGGAGGCUGCUGGACGAGAGAUCGCAAGUCAAGACGACCACUUAGGAGUACAGAAGCACUACGCGGAAGGAACGCGAGCGUCUGGACGAGGGGAUGGACUCACCCGUAGUCUCUGUGCGGCAAACGGUGCAGCUCGUACCGACCGGGUUUGGAAAGUGUUGCCUCAGACGCAAGAGGACGACGGUGGUACAAUUGGUCGCGGCGUCGGGGAAGCGGAGGAAGGAGGUGAGAGUCAGCCGAGGAUGAGGACCGCUACUGGUGUGGCUGAGCACAGGGAGUGCUGCGGCGGGAAGGAUAAGCCGUCGCAGGCCGAGAUAUUCACGAAGGAACCGAACGUGUUUAUGCAGGGUAUCCACGGCAUGGCGAACCCUCAAGUCGCAGACGUAGCGCGCACCCUUUCACGUAUCCUCAAGUCGGUUAUGGUCCUAUUAGCGGGUGCACUGGCGUGCAGCGGCAUCUGGCGACAUAUGAUGAAGGCCGUGUCAGGGCAUCUGGAUCGCGCUGCGGAGGGGACCACGUACGAGGAUCUGAGCCGCAGGGAACACGACUCGGAUGCGAAUCUCAAGAGGUUGUCGACGGGAACGCCAAACACGAGAGCUGAUCGGACGGAUCAGUGCCAGGAGGCGACGGGGGUAUCCCAGCGAUCCGAGGAGGACGGCAGACGCGGGGACCCGUACAGCUCCGAAGGAUCGAAGGCAGACGACUCAGUGGCGAGCCAAGUGUCUACCGAGGCAGAAGUGAGCGGCGCAACAACCGACGAAGGAGAACGAACCAGGGCACAGAGGGAGAGCGGAUCGAUCAAGCGCGCGCGGCGGAAGAAGGCAGACUGCGGGCUGUGUGCAGCAGUUGAGCCCGAGUCGUUGCGGAGAGAAGCGUCGGUUUACCCAGUGCUGAGGUAA